AUGACGGAAACUCAUGAUACAGUACAAAGCUCGGAUUUUAAUGAAAAAGAAACCAUGGAGGAUGGUCAAGCAUCAUCUCAGUUUAAUGACGAUAGCCAAGAAAUUACAUCGGCUGAUACGGUAGCUAAACCAGUGAAACAGAUGGAUAGUGAGUCCACUGAUAUGAGUAGAGAAGAAGACAGCCGUAGUGACUCAGGAGUAUGUAGUCCGAGUUCUUCAACAGAUUUAAAAAAACAGGGAAAUGGAACGGUAGAAAUGGACAAAAUUUCAAUAAAGCCAGAAGAUGGUGUUGAAAUGCCAGAAACACCUGAAACUGAUGGUGAGAACUGGGAAAAGGAAGCUACCCCAACUCCAGAAGAUAGUCAUCAACGACCAGUGAUUAGUGUGAGGAAAUCCGAAGACCUUUUUGGAAUGGUUAAUGGAUCAAACGAGCAGUGUUCUGUUUGUAAUGAAAAGUUUAGUUCACCCUCUGCUUUAGAACAACAUCGAGCAACAGCGGGACAUUAUAAUUGCAGCCUCCAAGAGUGCUCAGGGCUUGCGUUUCAAACUGCUGCAGAACUCGGUGAGCACCAGGCAAUUCAUCACCAGCCUCCUGUACAACAAUUAGCUCAGCAAGUUCAGAGGAUUCCAGCUACAUUUAAUGCUCAAUCAUCUUAUAGAUCCUCAACAACUCCACCUAUACAACGUUAUGGUUCUGUACCACAAACUAUUGGAUCAGGUGUUGUGUUAAGUCCUGUUAAUCCUACGUCUUCCGUACCUAACUUACCUCCUGGAAUUCAACUAUCUAAGAGGCCAGCACCACAACCGGUAGAUACUCCUGCUGUAAAACAAAGAAGAGAAGAAAACAGCCAAACCUCUCACAUCAGAUUGCCAGAUUCUAUUACCCUUGUUUCAAGAACUGCUGCACAACCAACAACCCAACAAAGACAAAGGGAGAGUGUCACUGAUAUGCUAGCCAAUCGUGGAAUAACUGUUGUUCCUAGUGGCAGGACUCAACCUGUAGCCUCUAGCCAGCCUGUUCUUACUAGACAAUUGAAUUCUGCUAUUUCUAUCACUCCUUCAUCACAGCAUAGGGCAGCAGUUUCUCAAUAUACCUGGCCACCAUGGUGGUCAAACACUCCCUUUUUGUCAAGACUUACAACUACAAGGUUUUAUCUCACCAGCUCCCAAAGCACCAAUGAAUAAACUACCAACUGUUGAUCUCACAAAAGAAUCUGAUACUCCAAGAAGAAGGACUUUGAAUCGUGGGGUGCGAAUGUGCGGUCCUACUAGCCGCUCAAUUUGUCAAAUCUGUGAUAAGGCUUUCCCUACACCAAGUGAAUUAUCACAGCACAUGGUUUGUCACAGAGGUGGUGGCAUGACCAAUAAAUUAGCUUAUGAAUGCCGGGAAUGUACAGCUCAAUAUCCCACUGAAGCUGGACUUCAAGCACAUCGGCAGAAAUAUCAUGGUGCAGGUGGACCUUCACCUGACAUGGCAAUUCCUAUAGUAGACCUAAAACAGGUUGGUGUUCUUUCAAGAUUAGCAGCCUUAGGUAUAAGAUCAGUAAUUCCUCUAGCACAGCUCCACACUGGCUCAGGUGGUGGAAUGUUCGGACUCCCUGUUGUUGCUGUUGAUUCAGCUUCAAAUCCAGCAAUUUGUAAUAUAGGAGGAAUGGGAGCAUCCAAUUUAUUACCCCUUGGACCUCUGAAAAACUUAACAUUUAACAAUAAUAUGCGGUGA